GAGGCGCGUACAAGUUACGUAGUCACGUGGUAUUAUUAAUUGAUCGUUGCUUAGGUAAUGUCAAUGAGCAGCCAAGUGUUAACUGGUUAUCCUGGUCGUUGGCAGUUGGCACCACACCGUCGAAGUGCAAGGCUCCGGGGGAUGUCGCGAUGGAUUGGCCACAUGAGCUAUCUGCGACACCUUAGGGCUGCAGUGGCAGCCGGAGGAUGAAAUGGGCUGGCUCAUCUACCAGACAGUCGAUGCUGUUCCAGUUGCGAACCAUCCUUCUUCCACCGAUUGGUUCGAUCACACAGUGCUUUCAUCAUGCUCAAGGGCAGGAAAGUGCUAGGGUGACGAAUGCCAGUCAAGAACGGCAAGCCUACCUCUUAUACUGCAUAUGCCUAGUGGCGCAAAUUGCGCCGAAGCUGGUUUGUGAUUUCUGUGUCGCAUGCCGCCCGGCCACUGAGCGUGACGAUGGCGCCGCCUGAUCCUGAUCGCCUCCAGCCGUAGCCGUGUGCGAAUCUGGUU